ACGAAACACAUAUACAUACAUUCUCUCCGAGAUCUUUUAUAAGUUUUGUAAAUUCACUCGUUCUAACUAACCUCAUAUCGCCAUGAGUUCCAUCGACUGGGUCGGUGACAUGCUUUACUACGUUAUGCGCACCUUCCUGGGGUUAAUCGCACCCGUACACUUCCUUAUCGAUGUCCUUGGAAAGAUUGAACAUUUUAUAUAUUUCAUCGAAUUUUCCAUGAUGAUAAUGAGGCGGCCAAGAAAUUUCCAGGCUUUGACUGGUAGCCAAGCGAACCGCCUUCAACUCUACAAUUGCCUUUUAAUGUUACGGACUUGGGCAAAAUAUAUAUAUAUAUUGAUAUACGCAUUGGUAUCCGUGGUAAUUAAGGGCCAUUUACAAUAUGAACUCAACAAUUUUUUACCAUUCAAAGCAUGCUUUAACCCAUAUCAAGACGCAUUACAGAAGUAUCGCGAUAGUGAUUUCCGGCAUCGUCUUGGCCAUCGAUAUGAUCUUCUUGGCAAUAAAUGGCGUACAUGGCAGAAGAACGCUGCGACCCGCGCGGAUUCUCUGGAUUUCGUUGAGCUAUUGCACUUGGGCGCCGGGGAUUCUGAACGAACUGAUCAUCUAUUUGUAUAAUUGAUGAAAGCAAUGGCUAUGUUAGACUUUAUAACUUUCAAAAUUCUUCGUGACAUGUAGCACUUUCGAAAAUAUAGGAAAUAAAGAGUCACACAUCUA